AUGGCAAAUGAAGAGGGUACAUUACAAGACAAGCUAUACAGAUUUCUAAUGAUGUACAGGAAAACACCGAACAGUGCUACGGGUUUGAGCCCAGCAGAAAUGAUGUUUAAAAGAUUAUAUAGAACGAGGAUAGACUUAGUCAAGAGAGUACCAGAAAUAAGGAUGAAAAAUGAUAAUGACGACAAGAUUGUGAAAAAGGAAUUCAAAAGAGGUGAUAGAGUUCAGAUAAGAAUGUACGACAACAACAAGUGGAAAUUAGGAACAAUUACAGAAAGAAAAGGGAAACUUCACUACGAGGUCGAAGUAGAAGGAAAAUUACAUGAGAGACAUACAGAUCAAAUUAAAAAGACGUCAUGCAGCGGUGAUGUUCCAUACGUCUACUUACCCAGGCCAAGUUCACCGACUACAGAAACUACACCAAUUCAACCGGACGUAGAAACAGCUGCGCCCAUUAAUCCUGAAGGUGUUCAUGAUGCCCAGAAGGUACCAAGCCCAAGUAAAAGGCAAAGUAUCGUGUCUGACUCAAUAACCUUACCCGUACCUACGGAUAUACAACCAGAAUCUCAAACUUUAGAGAAACCAUCGGAAGCUACAUUGCACGAGACAGUUGAGAUUCCUACAGAACCCGUACUGCGCCGCAGCUCAAGAAAUAGAAAAGCACCAACACGCCUAAACCUCUAG